AUGGACGAUGCGCCGCACGCCCAGCAGGGCAUCUACUUUAACCCAAGUUUACCCCCGGGUAUGCCUGUGAUGGCCCCAAUUGAAGAAAUGACGGACAAUUUGGAGGCAGAAGACGCAUCGAUGAUCUCGGAUGACAGCGCUUCGAUUGAUGACCAAAUGUACUAUUCUUGCGUCUCUGUUCGCUUGAGCUUGAGGCAGUGGCUGACUUUGGGUAGUUCCACAUACACAGCGUCGUUGAGUGCCGUCACUUAUCCCGUCGAAUUUGGUCGGCGUUACCAUGCUUAUCGCCAUGGAGCGUACUAUUUGCCAAACGACGACGACGAGAUGGAUCGCCUCGAUAUGACACACAACCUUACGCUCAAAAUGCUUGAUGACCAACUCUAUUUGGCGCCGCUUGUGAAGCAAAACGUUCGUAAAAUUUUGGAUAUUGGGACUGGAACGGGGAUCUGGGCCAUGGAGAUGGGCGAUCUCUUUCCCAAUGCAGAGGUGCGCAACCCCCGUGAGGAUGGAAUGAGCCCACGCGAAGGCCAGGAGCUGAACACCUUGCACGUACACAGGGUCCCCCCAAACGUCAAGUUCGAAAUAGACGACGUCGAAAGCCCGUGGAUAGGCGAUCGGAAGUAUGACUUCAUCUUUUGCCGCUACAUGAUCGGUUCAAUAGCCGACUACCCAAGACUGAUCAGGAAUAUCUAUGAUAACCUCAACCCAGGCGGCUGGGCCGAGUUCACAGACAUGAGCGGCAAGUAUUACUCCGCCGACGGCACCCUGAGUGAAGAGCACGCCACGCACAAAUGGAACAACAUGCUCAUGGACACCAUCGCGUCCAUGGGCGGCGAGAGCCGACCGGGUCCCCAGCUCGAGGGAUGGGUUCGUGGGGCGGCAGAUUUUCGGAACGUGGUUCACAGAAAGUAUAUCCUCCCCAUAGGACCUUGGCCAAAGGAUCCGCACUAUCGAGAAUUGGGACUGAUCAACUUGAUCCAAAUCUUGGAAGGGCUCGAGGGCUUCUCGAUGAGGACUUUUUGCGGUGUCCUGGGUUGGUCUAAAGUCCAGGCGGAGGUUAUGCUUGCGCAGGUGCGAAAUGAGUUGAAGGCGGUUCAUAUGUUCCAUGCUCAGUUUGACAUGUAA